AUGACCACGCCCGGCAUGGGUCGCAGUCGCGGCUCGACCGACGACUUCAGCGUUUACGACGAUGCAAAGACCUACUAUGCUUCCGAGGAGCGCCAUGUGAACACAAAGAGCGGAGCUCGGACUCGGACCUACUCCCAGAAUAGUCUUCUGAAGCAGAUGGAGAGGCUGGGCCUCAAAGAGCCGUUUCGAAGAGGUAGUCAUGAUGAGACCACCAUUCCUCAAUCCCGACGAUUUCUUAUCCAAGUUGAACCUACAUUGCAGAGCUUGCAGUCGCAAGAGGAUACGGACAACAAUAUGCAAAUCACAAUCGAAGACAAUGGCCCAAAGGUCCUGUCCCUCCGUACAGCUGCCUCCAACGGCCACAACAGAUUUGACGUUCGAGGCACCUACAUGCUUUCAAACUUGCUUCAAGAGCUAUCUCUUGCCAAGGAGUAUGGGCGAAAACAGAUCAUUUUGGACGAGGCCAGACUGAAUGAGAAUCCCGUGAAUCGGCUGUCACGAUUGAUUCGUGAUCACUUCUGGGAAGGCCUCACUCGAAGGAUUGAUGCCUCUAGCAUCGAAAUUGCUGCUAAAGAUCCGAAGGAUUGGACCGACGAUCCUCGACCGCGUAUAUAUGUCCCAAUUGGUGCUCCUGAGCAACUUGAGUACUACCAAAAGGUUGCGCAGGAUCGGCCAGAGCUUCGUUUGGAUGUCCAGCAGCUUCCAGCCAAGAUUACCCCCGAACUUGUCCGAGACAUGAAUGACGCACCUGGACUUCUCGCAGUUGAGAUGGAAGAGUCCACAGAUCCUGUUACCGGCGAACGCACUUUACGAGGACUCCCCUUCGUGGUUCCUGGCGGUCGAUUCAAUGAGCUUUAUGGGUGGGAUAGUUAUAUGGAGUCCUUGGGUCUUCUAGUUAACGACAAAGUCCACCUCGCCAAGUCCAUGGUGCUCAACUUUUGUUUCUGCAUCAAACAUUAUGGCAAGAUCCUCAACGCCACCAGAUCAUACUACCUCGCCCGCUCUCAGCCCCCUUUCCUCACUGACAUGGCACUCCGGGUGUAUGACAAGAUUCGACACGAGCCUGGUGCCCUGGAGUUCCUCCGGACGGCCAUCCUAGCAGCCAUCAAGGAAUACCACAGUGUCUGGGUUGUCGAGCCAAGGCUUGACCCUAUUACCGGCCUGUCCCGAUAUCGCCCCGAGGGAUUAGGUGUGCCGCCUGAGACCGAGGCAGGACAUUUCGUUCACAUUCUUGAGCCCUACUGCAAGAAGUAUAACAUGGAAUUCAGGGAAUUCGUGCGCGCUUACAACCAUGGGGAAGUCACAGAACCAGAGCUGGACGAGUAUUUCCUGCAUGACCGUGCUGUCCGUGAGUCUGGUCAUGAUACCUCGUACCGGUUGGAGGGAGUUUGUGCAAACUUGGCCACGAUCGAUCUAAACGCCUUGCUCUACAAAUACGAGACUGAUAUUGCCCGGACAAUCCGCAAUGUCUUCCACGACAAGCUGGUGAUUCCGGCUGAAUACUGCGUUGGCUCCUUGCAACCCGGCCAAGUUGAAUCGUCCGCAAUCUGGGACCGCAGAUCUAAGCGCCGCAAGCUGGCUAUCGACAAGUAUCUCUGGAAUGAGAAGGAGGGCAUGUAUUUCGACUAUGACACUGUCAAGCGUGAACAAUGCAACUACGAGUCCUGCACGACAUUUUGGGCUCUAUGGGCUGGCGUUGCGUCUCCAAAGCAGGCAGCUGCCAUGGUCACCAAGGCCCUGCCCUUGUUCGAGGCCUAUGGCGGUCUGCUUUCCGGUACACAGCGAAGUCGUGGUGAGAUAGGACUCGAGCGACCUAACCGGCAGUGGGAUUAUCCGUACGGAUGGGCACCACAGCAAAUUCUGGCCUGGACCGGCCUGUACCGUUACAGCUUCACCGAAGAGGCCGAGCGCCUUGCGUACAAAUGGCUGUUCAUGAUGACCAAGGCUUUCGUUGACUUCAAUGGUGUUGUGGUGGAGAAAUACGAUGUGACAAGGCCUAUUGAUCCUCACCGUGUCGACGCCGAGUACGGCAACCAAGGUUUGGACUUCAAGGGGGUUGCGAAAGAAGGGUUUGGCUGGGUCAAUGCGAGCUACAUUUAUGGCCUGCAGAUCGUCAAUGCCCACAUGCGCCGAGCCCUGGGUACGUUGACUCCCUACGAGACCUUCAUCAAGGCCGUUGAGGAGAACCGCAACAAGGCCCUUGCAGAAUUGGUCUAA